UGGUCCUCCCAGCAGCGCCUUCUCCCUCGGAGGCGCUCCCUCACUCCCUGAAGGUCCUCCGAGGCUCUCCGCCAUGAACAUCCUGCCUAAGAAGAGCUGGCAUGUCCGCAACAAGGACAACGUGGCCCGGGUCCGGCGCGACGAGGAGGGAGCGGCCGAAGAGGCACGGGCGGCCGAGGAGGGAGUGUCGCGGGCCUCCAGGGAGGCAAGGACAGAAUUCCUCCGUAAACGUGCGCGCCUCUCGCUCCCCGAUGCCCCUGCAGCCGAGGUGUCCCCUCAGAGUCUUAACUUGUUCAGCGACGGGGAGGGGGGCGAGGGGCGGAUGGGUGGGAGCAAGGAGUAUGAGGAAGAGAAACGGCAGGAGAAGGAGAGGCGUGAGCGUUCACUGGGGAUCCUGACCUACCUGGGACAGAGCGUGUGGGAAUCGCAAACGGCCGGCCCGUGGUACGCACGUGUGCCCGAGCACGGGACGGAGGCCGAGGCUGAGAAGGGGCGCAAGUGAAGAAUGGACCCACUGAGGAACAUGAGAGAGUGGCUGAGAGGAGGGGGAGGGAAGAGUGGGGGUGGAGGAGGAGGAA